AAAGCCCAUUAUCGGGUCGUGUUCAACGAACUUGGUCAUCCUUUGCACGACGAAAGUGUCUUUGCGACUGCAUUUCAGGUGAUAUGUGAUGUCAUGGAGUGUUUGGUCGUCAUGCAUGACCUUGGUUGGGUUUACCGCGACAUCAGCACUGGUAAUAUCCUGGUGCACGACGGACGCGGCUUGUUAACUGACCUGGAAUAUGCUCAACAUUGGACAACAGCGCACAAGGCUCAUACGACACGUACGCCUGGUACCCGGUAUUUUAUGUCAGUUGAGGCCAAUGCCCACGCAUAUCUGUUUCGACACAAGGCAGGCAGCGACCCUUCGACGGAGCCUGACGUUCCUGGAGUCCCGCUCUUGGUUGCUAUAGGGGCUAAAGCAAGACCGAAGGGUUCAUCUACGUCCACUCUUCCUCUUCCUUUUAGGUACCACCCGUUGAACGACUGGGAGUCACUC